AAAUUCCCCUCUGUUCCCCUCCCAAGAAACCCCACAUUUGCAUGGGCAAGCACCUACCUGCCGCCGCCACCGCCGCCGCCGCCGCCGCGGUUCGCUCGUACGCCCGCAGCCUUCGCGUCCCAUCCGAUACCGCCGCAUCCGCCGGGAGGGCAGAUAAGACGCCGUCUGCCCCGCUGGAUACGCCCAGGAAAUCCGCUGCCGCCGCUGCCGCGGCCAGCUCCGGGCGGGCCGAGGUGCGGGAUUUGGCGGCGGCGUGCGGGCUAGAGGCGGACGAGAGGGUUCCGCUCGCGGAGGUGGUGUCGGACUGCACGAGGCGGUGGUUCCAGGACGCACUCAAGGAGGCGCGCGCCGGCGACAUCACCAUGCAGGUGCUCGUCGGCCAGAUGUACCGCAGCGGAUACGGUGUCAACAAGAACGAGCACAAGGCAAGAGUUUGGAUGGAGAAAGCAUCAAGAUAUCGGUCUACAGUAUGGAAAGUUAGCAAUAAACGUCCAGGGUACAAUGCCAGUGACUCGGACUCAGGCACAGAUGAUGCUAAGGAAACAUGCAAAUAAGAAAAUUUGAGAUUUUGACAUUAAUGGACGGGAGCUGCCACCCACACGGCCACACAUGCACUGCUGCAGUGACUUGAAGGUUCAGAUAUCAGUUAUGCCAACGGAUCCAUUUGUGCUCCCCCCCCCCCCCCCGGCCUAUUUGGCAUGAUCGCUAUAUAUUGUUGUUAUGUUUUCAGUUUGUUUUUUCACUAUGUGAGUUACACACUGUAUUAUGGCAAUGUUUUAGAGGUUUCCUCGUUUUUGUUGUCUUUUUUUUUUGUUGUGUUAGUUCUGCUUGACGUCAGGAAAGUGGUUAUCAGAAUGGUCUUUGCCACGUACAAAGAAUCGCAGGAUAUUCUGUGGCAUAUGUAGCCACUGUUUCAUCUGCAUUUCGUCAAUGGUAUUUGCCCCGAUAGAUUAGUA